AUGAUAGACACAUCAUUUUCCUCGCCUUCGAUUGGAGAUGCUCCUGCUUCUUCUACUACUGCCGCUGUGGCCCAAACAGAAGAAGAGCCAACAGCAACAACAGCAUCAACGGAUCGUGUAGGCCAGAAGCACGCUCGCCAGGCCGAAGUUCCGGAACAUACAGACGGCUCUAAUGACAAUGGCGCCAAUAUGGGCCAAUCAGAAAACCAAAGCACAGGCAAGUCAGGGCAGCAAAUAUUAUUGAUUUUUUCUGCUGUUAUGUAUGUUUAUUGGAGGGAAAACCCCAAAACGAAUGGAAACGGAAGACUCAGCGACAUUUUUUUCGAACCAGCAAGGGCAACAACAACAACUAGCAGCUCAAGAAACAACGAGUGCACCUGUGGUGAAGAAGAACGCACCGAGAAUGCUUAUGAAAGAACUCAACUAAGUGCGCAACGAGCACUAAACGAACAAUCAUCACCAUCAGCAUCCCUGCCACUAGUCAGAAAGCGUGCUCUAGAGAAUGACAGUGAUGAAAGUGAAAAAUCAAGCACUGCCAUCAAGGAGGUCGGCAACAACCUCCACAAAAGCAAAAUCAAGCUUCUGUAG